GCGGUCUCUAACAACUUGGCUGGCAAAAAACCUGUUGGGUCUUCUUCAUUCAGCGCUCAGCCAACGGCCACGUCGGUUGUGCGUCAGUCGUGUCGGGUUCGCCUACUUCAGCCACCGGUGCCAGUGUGUCGCGGCCUCGCGGAAGACGAAGUUAGAUAUAUUGCUGCUGCUCUUUCUUCUGACGCCUGCCUGUUUUCACGUGCGUGUGUGUGUAGGGAAAACGCUCCACUAUCAUCGACAUGACGGGUGAACAGAAGGGCACGGUUCUGGUAACCGGUGGUGCCGGCUACAUCGGUUCCCACACGGUCGUAUCACUGCUCGAGGCCGGGUACGGUGUGGUGGCGCUGGACAACUUCACCAAUUCCGUCAACUCCGCCAAGAAUGAAUCGGUCGCGCUGAAGCGCGUCGAAGAGAUCACCGGCAAGAAGGUACACUUUUACCGUUGCGAUCUGCUCGACAAGGAUGCGGUCGACCGCAUCUUCAAGGCACACCGUAUCGAUUCGGUUAUUCACUUUGCCGCGCUGAAAGCGGUCGGUGAAUCGAUGACCAAUCCGUUGCUGUACUACAAGAACAAUAUGAUCGGCAUGAUCAACCUGCUCGAGGUCAUGGACAGUCUCGGUAUCUACAAGAUGGUCUUCUCGAGCUCCUGCACGGUGUACGGCGAACCGGAACGACUGCCAAUUACCGAGGAAAAUCCGACCGGCAACGUGACGAACGUGUACGGGCGCACGAAGUACUUUAUCGAGGAGAUGCUGAAGGAUGCGGUGAGUGCCGACCCGAAGUGGAACAUUAUCGCGCUGCGCUACUUCAAUCCGGUUGGUGCACACAAAUCCGGUCGCAUCGGGGAGGACCCGACGAAGCAGUUUACCAACCUGAUGCCGUACAUUAGCCAGGUGGCGAUCGGCAAGAAGGAUGUGUUGACCAUCUUCGGGAAUGACUAUGACACGCCGGAUGGGACGGGUGUGCGGGAUUAUGUGCACGUCAUGGAUUUAGCCACCGGGCAUGUGGCGGCGUUGCACAAGCUGGACAAAGAACACCUCGGCUUAAAGAUGUACAAUCUCGGUACUGGGAAAGGAAUUUCCGUAAUGGAGCUCAUACAAACCUUCGAACGGGUGAACAAGGUCAAGAUUCCGUACGUUAUUCAGGAGCGACGCGCCGGCGACAUAUCGUCCAUGUACGCUAACGCGACACUUGCCGAACGAGAGCUCGGAUGGAAAGCGGUCCACAGCGUCGAUGAGAUGUGUGAAGACUUUUGGCGAUGGCAAACCAUGAACCCGAACGGUUACAAAACGGAGCAAGCUAAUGGUCAUCAUUAGCGCAACACGUGCUGCUGCAGCUGCUGCUGAUUGGUGCUGCUAUGAUUCACAGUUUUAUCAUAUUUAUUCAAAUGCAACGCGUCCGCCUGUCUUCCCGUCUUCGUCUUCCAUGGCCAGUUCGUACAGGCGCUUGUUUUGCAAUUUUAACACUUCCAUUCCGUACGAGGUGCAGCGGGGAUAGAGGCUGCGUGCGAAUAGUUCUAAGCAGGUAGCUUCCGGUGGUAAAUAUUUCGAUGUGAAUAAAUCUGAAAUGGAUGCCGUCGAAGUGAUCGAUACAAUGUGAACAA